GCCUAUUCAGUUUUCCGACGUAACGGAGGUUUUGGUGGCUCUAAAUUGCGCGUUGGAUCUCUCAUUUUGUGAAAACGCAAUUUGCCUUCUGUUUCUCUUUUCACGGUCUUGCAUUCGGUGGACAGGUCUUCUUUUUUUAUUUUUUUUAUUUUUAUUUUUUCUUCUUCUUCUUCUUCUUGCUGUGUGCAUAUUGCAAGAGCGAUGCUGAAAUCUCGACAUUGUAGAAAUUAGGGUUAGGAUGGCAGUUGGGUUUAGCUUGUAAAAUAUACAUCUCGCUUCCUUGCAUCGAGAGGAUUUGUUGGAGGCAAUCUGAGAAGGAAGAGGAGGAUUCGUAGCUAUGGAGGUUUUGGGGGGAUUGAGACCAAGUCUUGAUGCGGAUGCGUUGUUUGAAGCAGCUGUGAAAGGGAACCCAGCUGUCUUUGAGGAUCUAUCUGAGGAGGAGCUUAAGAAGGCGCGUCUGCUUCGUGACGAGGACGAAAGAACCCUUGUACACGUCGCUGCUGCAAGCGGGCACGUCGAUGUAGUGAAGAAGAUCUUGGAGGGGGUUGGUGAUUCCAAGAGUUUGUUGAAUGUGAGUGAUGAGGAGGGGUGGACGCCCCUCCAUUCCGCUGUGAGCGUUGGACGCAUCGCAGUAGUGGAGGUUCUUCUCGUUUUCGGCGCUGAUGUGGGAGCAGUCAACGAGGGUGGCAGGACGGCUUUGCAUUAUGCCGCUAGUAAGGGCCAUGUAGAGAUCGCCAACAUGUUAAUCAGGUUUGGCGCGAAGGUGAACAAGAAGGAUAGCGUAGGAUGCACGCCGUUGCAUCGGGCUGCUAGCGCCGGACAUGUGGAGAUGUGUGAGGCGCUGCUGGAGGCAGGAGCAGAUAUUGAAGCCACCGAUCGGAUGUUGCAGACUCCGCUGAUGCAUUCUGUGAUUUGCGAUAACCGCCGUGUGGCGUUUCUGCUCAUACGUAAUGAAGCUGAUGUUGAUGCUGAAGACAAGGAGGGUUAUACCGUGCUUGGUCGGGCAAGCGAGGAGUUACGUCCCCUUCUCAUCGAUGCCGCAAAAGCUAUGAUGGAAGAUUCUUGAUGCUCAUCUUAUUGUUUUUGAAGUUACACCUAACUUGGCUCAAUUAUAGAGCAUCCACACUUCAGGGACCUGCGUAAAUUGCAUUGCAUAAGAUUGUGAUCAUAAGAUUAUAGACUGAAUGAGAGCAUAAUUUUGAUGCUCGGUUCAAGUACCUUUUCAUUACCCUUUCAAUGCAUUAUGAUUACUGUUUGAUGGAAAA